AUGGAUUAUGUGGUGGGCAGUGUAGCAGCUAUAGUAUCUGGAAAUGUAACUCCUAACCGUCCGAAAUUUAUGAAGAAAGCCUUGACACCAACAAAACAUCAACCUUCCCCGAACGUAACCCCUAAGAGUGAAUUAGUCGAUGAUAGGACAAUUUUUCUCUCACCGACGUUACAAAAAAAGAAAGCUAUUGUGAAAAAAUCACCUAAAAGAAUAUUUCAAAACCCUGACCUAGACGCUACUAACGACGGUGAAGGUAAUCCUAAAAGUCCAAAAGCAGACAAAGUAAAGAAACAUUUAAAAGAAGAAUUGGAAGCAGAUGUUAAUUUAUUGAGCCCGAAAUCACCAAAGAUCAAAAACUUAAAAACAAAGGAGUCACCGUUACUAAUAAAUACAGGUAAGGAGAAUGAUGAAGCCAUUUUGGAAAAUUCUCAAGUUCAAAAUGAAAACACACCUAAAAAAAAGAAGAAGAAGCAAACCUCAGUAUCUGAGGAAUCUGCUGAGGCGAACACAGAUGUAACUAAUGAUCAAGUUAAUGAUCUUAAUGAUUCAGAAGUAGUAAAUGUUGUUCUUAGCAGUAAAACUAAAAAUAAAAAGAAUAAGCUUUCUCCUAAGAAAGUAAAAAAUCAACUGGAUCAAUCUAGUGAUGGUAUAGAAUCAAAAAAUACAGAUGAGGAAAAUCAUAUUUAUUUAAAGAAACAGAAGAAGAAAAAUAAAGUCAUACAAGAAAAUACUUCUAAUGUAGAAAUUCAAGAUAAUCUGGAAAUAAACAUGAAUAUGAUGAAUAAGCCUAAAGAAAAAACUAAAAAACAAAAUUCACAAUUCACAAAUAAUGUAAAUAACAGUAAUGCAGAAAAUGAUAAUUCAAAUGAUGAUUUAGAAGUUAAGAAAUCAAAAAAGAAGAACAGGAAACGUGAAAAUAAAAAUGGAAGCAAUAAUAUGGAAAAUGAAGAAACAAAAGAAGAUGAAGAAAAUGAAGAAAGAGAAGUAGAGAGUAAUAUGAGUGUUUCAAAAAAGAAAAAGAAGAAAAAGAACACUUUUGUUAAUCCAAAUGCAAUAACAGAUAAGGACACAGAUUCAGAACAUGAUUCGGACAAUGAAAUUGAAUCAGAAAAUGAACAGACAAACAAAGAAGCUCUUGAUACAGGCCCAGUGGAGGAAAGUUCAGAUGAAGAAGACAAAGUUCCUAAGAAACAAGAGAAAGCACAAAAGAAUAAAGAGGUGACUGUAAAUACGGAAGAAGUCAAAAGAACCCUUUUUGUAGGCAAUGUGCCAUUCAGUGCUAGAUGCAAAAAAGAAGUUAAAAAAAUCUUUAGCAAAUAUGGGCAGAUUGAAACUGUAAGGAUUCGCACAGUUCCCGUAAAGGAUGGUCGCGUGACCCCCAAACUAGCAGUGAUCAAGAACGAACUCCAUCCAGACAGAUCAACAGUAAAUGUUUACGUCAAAUUCCGUGAUGAGUCUUCAGUAAAUGAGGCUUUGGCAGAAAAUGGCACAGUACUAAAUGAUAACCACCUGAGAGUGACCCGCAGUGAUUGCACUGGUUCCGAACAUGACCCUAAAUGUUCCAUUUUCAUUGGCAACAUACCCUUCGCGUUGGAAGAUGAAGCUUUACAGCAGAAGUUCCAGCAGUGCGGAGAGAUUGUCUCCGUAAGAAUUAUAAGGGACAAGAGGACUAAUGCUGGAAAAGGUUUUGGUUAUGUCAACUUUAAAUCAAAAGAUGCAGUAGAGCUAGCUUUGGCUCUAUCGGAGGAAGAUCUUACAAUAAAGAAUAGAAUACUUCGAGUAAAAAGAUGCACUCAGAACACGCAAAAACAAAAGCCGCAGCAGGAUAAUCGCAGGGGAAAUUUCCAGGGGAAUUAUAAUAGGGGAAAUGUACAGAGCAGAAAUCAGUUUCGGAACAGAGGUGACAAUAGAAAUGUGGGAAGGCCGAACAAUAAUGAUAGUAAGACUGACGGGGCUUAUAGGAGAGUAAUGAAUAAGAGAAAAAAUCAGGAUGGCGGGGAAGGUCCACCGGAUAAGAGGCAGAGAAAUAUCAAACAGCCGGGUAAAAAGACGAGAAAAGAAUUCGUCGGAAUGACAGCAGAAAAAAAGAAGAAACACAAGUUAAACAAGGGACAAAAGAAGAAGAAGGCACUCGGUGAAGUCUUGACUAAAUUGUAA